AUUGGAGGAUUUUUUGCGGAGCCACGGAAACGAACGACGCGCUCUAAAUCUAGUAAGACCGAAUCAUCGAAUGUCAGACUCAGAGAGAGGCGAAGUUAAUUUAUUUGGCAUAGUUUAGAUCUUCAUACUGUAGCAUGAUGUAGCAUUGACUGAAGAACGUCUGUGCCUUUAACAACUCAACACACAACUUUAUAAUGUCAAGCAACCCUUCUCGUGCUCCUACCAGGGCCCAGUCUGGACCUAGAGAUGGAGCUACUAGCACAAGACCACCAAGUAUGGCUUCACGGUCGAGACAGUCUAGUCUUCAUCGUGGUCAAAGUUUCAGGGGUAUCAAAAAGGCUCAUUAUCGGCCGAUGGUCACCGUAGCGCCACGCCGUUCUGAAAGCAGGAGCACGAGAGCGUCAACUGCUGAGCCUCGUGGACCCAGCCAAAGAGACACACUUCAUCAAGAUCAGCUGAGUACUAUUGAUGAAGACCGAUCAGACUCCAAUUCAAUCAUCACAGCAUUGACCAGUGACAUUCCGAAGCCUCGCUACACCUACAACCCUCCUGUAGAUAACAUGGCAGCCAGUGAGAUGAACAUCGUUACCCAGUAUCUAGAUGAUGCCUUUGUCAACGCUCACAUGCUCUCUCUCUGCCAAGGUCUACUUACAAACCCAAACCUACCUUACAACCCUUACCCGGCGUUCCUCCUCCGGCUGAGACACCUUGCUGAAGCAUUCCACAUGCACAGAGAGACACCAGAGUCCAUUGCUGCAAUUCUCACCAACCCCUUACAGAAGACGAGUACACCAGUGAUAUGGGGGGUCAAAGGCCACACCAAUGUCUGGGGUUUAAAGGAUAUUGUCCAUGCUGUGGACCCAAAGGUCAUCAGUGAUUACUCCUGGUUGCUGACUACUGUUCCUCCUCCUCAGAUUGCUGAGGUUGAAAACAGCAAUGUGAAGGGUGAUAUAUUACUAGCUCUUACUGGUCCUGCAAUCUUCAGUGGUACAUUCUAUCCUGACCCACCUACCAUUGACUUCAAUCUUGAGUUUAUGAUGUAUGGCACCAGGCUCGAUAUGGCCUUGAAGGUAUUCACCAAGACCUUGAGGGAUGAUGUCAAGAGAAUGACCUCUAGCAAAUCUCCACAUUGCUUUCUUGGUAUUGUGACAGCUGGUGAUGGCAAACCAACACUUUGGGAUAAGAAGAGAGUUGAAUUGGAGAAAGAUGCAUUCUUUGCUGCUGUGGAAGAAGCUGUCAAGAAGCGCAAUCCUCCAAUCAUGAAGGUUAUCUUUUCAUUGACUGAAGAUGGAAGAGGGUACAAAAAGGGCUCUAAGAAAUACGUCUUUCACUUUAUUGAGACUGACAAGGAUACAGGAGUUGAGCAAUUCAGCAGUUUUGCAGAACACCCUUACGAGACGCUCUUCUCAUCAAUCUUCCUGCGUAAAGCAGAUGCCGAGGCCUAUGUUGCAGGGUUCAAACGGUACAACGACCCAACGGGACGGGCGACCACAAGGGCAACAACAACAAAAGAGGGCCAUAGUAGAGGCGAGACCAGGAACCAGUCUUUCACUAGGAGAGGAAGAAAAGAGGAACAGACACAGAAGCAGCCCACCUUGACAACUAUGGCAGAGGGUAUCAAAGAGCCUGUGAGGAAUGCUUGGGAGAGGGAUCUAGCGAAGUUGAAUAUUCUAAAAGGAGACGCGUGUGCUAUCAUCAAUAUCCUACUCUUUAUUGUUCUCAUGGAUAGAAAUAAAUACAAGACAGAGGAGUUCGUUGACAUCUAUCGGUUCCUACGGAGCACUGCUAGUCAGUUCCAUGUGGCAUGCUCUAUGAAUGCAGUACUUCGCCUGUAUGUACGCCAAAAGGAGAGCCAUAGUCAGGAGAUUGGUACUAAGCUUUUCAUGCAGUAUAAGAAGAAUCUCCUAGGAGUAUUGGAUCCAUCAUUACAUGAACGAAGUUCAGAUCAAGCUGCAGCAUAUGAUUUCCUCAAGCUGAAACUGGACAGAAUGACCAGAGUACAGAGAGAUGACAAAGGAUCAAGGGUUGUAAUCCUUCCGAUGGAAAUCCAGACUGCAGUUCAGUUGGUGGAGCUAGACCUCAGCUGUUUGGCUCUUCAACUUGGUUUAAAUGAAGAUGGCCUGGCCUAUCUCAAGCACCUCAAUAUCAAGAAAUUGCUCAGUGAUUACAGAGAGAAAUACCCUGACAGCGUGCCUUGCAUACAGAUCCGGGACAAGAGCAUUCCAGAGGCUAACAACAAAAAGAAGGGAGCAAAGGUUGUACCUCGUAAGCCAGCAGUCAUUCUCAAGCAUGGGGUAGAGGCUAACUCCAUCAGCCAACAGAGGAAUUUAUAUGUGAAUGUGGAGUGGUCGGUUCAGUCCAGUAUGCAUCCCGUUGUCAUGGCAACUGAAGGAGUGCUGAUGCAGUAUCUGAUAGAUGUACGGAUGGAUCAAGUUUGGAGAGGUUAUCUCAUGGAUCUGAUCAACGGAGAUCAUCUACCACCGAAUCCUUACCCAAGACUAAUCACUAAACUCAGACAGGCAGCAUUCAAAAUGGAACUAUGGAGAGAAGCAGAUGCUAAACUGCAAGCCAGACUGGUACAUCGUCAGUCAAGACUUGUAGAUCGCUCCAAUUAUGUUUUUACCAUGGAGGAGUGUGGUGGGUUUGGAUUGUCUUCUGCUCUGUCGGCCGUCAUGCCCCAGAGCUUCAAGAAGAUUUCAGUUCUUGCUAACCUGAUGGCCAACCAAGAUGUGGUCAGCCACAAAGGACAGUAUCAGUUGACCAGUGGUCAAGCGAUAAGUGGUCACUCCCCUCUGUAUGGCCGUGUGAUGCCCUAUCUUCCCUAUCUAGAGCUUCAUGAGCAUUAUUACAUCAGAGGACCCAUCAACGGGGACAAAGGAGCCAUUGAACUCUUCGCAAAACUAGUAUAUGACCAUGUGGCAGACCUAUGCAGCACUGAAAAGUACGUCAUCAUGGGACUGUUUGUAGAUCAUAGACCAGUCCUGGACCAAGACCAGUUAGAGGAAGACCAAACUGGUGCUGAAAAAGUCCUCAUUGAUGCUACAUCUCGGAGAAAGCCAAUAUAUGUGAAGCUAUACUAUGCUGUGGGAUGGCGAUAUGUUGAGGUUCAUAAGUACUACAUGAUGCACUACAACUACAUAGACCAUGCUGAAGAUAAACAUCAAGCUUACUUCCCAAACAAUCCAGUCGAUCUGUACCAGAAUGUCUUCUUAUCUCAAGACGAGGCGGUAAAUCACUACCAGCAGAGCGGGGUAUCAACGUUGGGGAAUCCCCUGAGUGCAUCCAAUACGGCUGCUGUCAACCACUCCAUUGAUGAAUCUAUCAAGACAUCCUUGAAGCAACAGAACCUGAUGGAGGUUCACAUGUUACUACUGACCAAGGCACUCAUUAACAAGAAUGCAGACUAUCUUUGUGAUACAUGGAGGAUGUUACAUAGUGUAGCAUUUCAACUGGAGUACAUCAUCGCUCUCAUCCAAUCGCUCAAAGAUAUCAUCCGCUAUGUCAGGCAACACCCCAAUGCUGUUGAAACUGCAGCGUAUCUGGAAGAGAUUGCUGCUGCCAAGGCUAAGGCCAAGAAAGGAACCACUGUGCCUGUUAAAACAUUUGCUGUUCGAGAAUCCACCGUAGGGUAUAUGGUGACUGCAUUCUGUGAGAAGGUAGAGGCAGUGUUGAGUGAACCAUGUAGCUUGGUUCCCCUCUAUCUCCCAAAGGUGGUCGGUGACAAGCUGAAAGAGAUCGUGGAGAGGCAUCCUCAGACUCAAGAACUAUCCCUCAUCAUUGAGAAACAGACGAGUGUCCGCCUGAAUGAGAUACAGAACCUACUACUGCCCGUGAAGGCUGCAAUAGAGACAGAUAUCCACACAGCAUGCAGCAAGGUUCAAGAAGUACUUCAAAGUAUCAAGAUGGAUAGCUAGCACCACUACCAGAAUAGCAAUCCCUGUGAACAAAAAAUCUUAAUGAAAUACUCCUAUUUUUUUGGCUGAGUUCAGAAAAUUCCUGAAUGAAUGGAUUUAAAAAAUAUACUUUCUAGAAUGUCACUUUACAAGUUUAUUUCACUGGACUGGCUAUAUAAAAACAGGUAAUUGAAUAUCAAAUUAUUUUGAUGUGGAUAGCACUGCAUGGUUAAACCCCUGGACAUAUUUCAAAAUCGUUGACCCAUAAUCUUCAAUAUUUUCAUAUAUUUCCUAAGCCUAUUUAUAGUGAUUGAUAAUUCUAGAUGGUAAUCUAGGAUGUGGAAUUGUCUUUCCUAGUUCAUAUGCUCUUACGAAUCCACCUGAAGAUAAAACAUUUUUCAGAUUACAUGUAAUACAACUCAUCAUUAUAUUCAUCUUUCCACAUUUAGAAUCAUGAGUAGACAUUGUGGCCCGUCUUCUUAAGUCAGUUUAACUUAUACCAUUGACUAACUCUGUGAUAAAAUUAUAGGAAGCCCAAAACAUCACAUUUUGUUAACUUUUGUAUUCUUUUCAUAUUUACCAUGCUCUUUCCUAAUUAUUUAAUAGUGAAGACAAAUAAUUGGUAUACCCUUUCAAGACCGUCACCGUAAAUAAUAUUUUGAGUGUCAACAAAUGUUUUAAAUUGAACCUUUAAUGUUAGAAAUUCUAUGCCACAAUUAGCUAUCUAUAGGUAAAUCACAAGUUUUCAAUAGUCCAGAGUUUGAAUUAAAUCCCACUUCAGAGAACUGGCCUAUGUGGUAAUCUUUUAAUCACAUCAGUGCCUUAAAUUUUGUACAUGUAUGUACACAAACUUAUUGUUACCAAUUUCUGAAUUGAGUCUAGAUUGGAUUAAGUACCCUGUUGAUUCUGUUAUUAAUUCAUUUAUUAUUAAUUAUUUUUUUAUCAACAGAAGAAACCUUUGCGAAUUCAACUAAACAUGAAACAUCGAGACUGUAUUUUCCUUGUCAUGCUCUUGCAGACAUCUUGUUUUAAUUUUCUAUGUUACAUAUCUACAUGUAUACCAUUGAUACAAGUUUAUAUACUACAGAAUAAGAAAACAUAAACAAGAAAACAUGUACAAAACAUAAUGACAUACUCCAUAAUCAUAUGAGAACAAAUUAUAAAAUCCAAACAAACCAUAUAUGAUACAGGUCACAUUACAACAAUGAUUUAAAGACUGCAUUUAUGUUACCUUCUGAGUGUCUCUCACAUUGAAAGGUAAUGCUAUUUUACUAUUGUAAGUUGCAAAAAAUAUUGAUUUUAACAAUUGAUGCAACUGGAAUGAAUUUUUAAACCCUUUAAUAUGUAUAUAAAAAUAGUACUUAAUAUACUCUUUAUAUUAUUUAUCCUUCUGUUGUGCAAUAUUUGAUGUGCCAUACUGUAUUCUCUAUACACAUCAUCAAUUAAUUUUGUGAACACCUACAUGUUUAACACUCCUUUCAUUAAACUCAAGUAAUCAGAUCAGAAUACACACAGCAAUGUGUUCAUUACUUCCGAAAUAGGUCAAACUAUUUUUUUCACGAGUGCAAAAUGAAAAUUGUACUAUUCAUGGUAACGGCUAUUGAUGCAGAACACGAAAAACUGAAGUCCAAUCUGAUUACACGGGAACUGAACUAGACCGCAGUGUCCGCACAAUUUGAGAAUCCCAUUUAUUAGUUCCAAGACGAGAUUGAGUGUGCCUAUAGUUCAGACUGUUCUGGUCCUCUCCUUCAUUAAAUCACUUUACGAGAAUAGUUUGCCUCCAGUCCAGCCCUUGGAAUGAAUGGAAGGGGUAUUCAUUCAUAAAACAUUCCAUUUGUACAAUGCUCAUAGAGUAGCAAAUCGAUCUAUUGAUUUUUCAUGUACAUAAUAGUUAUCUAUUUGUGUCACAUUGCUGUAGACAAGUGUAAAUAAUAAAUAUUUUGGUACAGUUUCUAUAAUCUUCUUGAUCUGUACUGUUUCUUUCAUUUAAAAAGAUUAUGAUCUUUGAUGCGGAGGCAUGCGAUAUGAUAAGUCUGAUAUAAAAGAGGUGUACAAUAUUGGUCUGAUAGGAACUGUGUGUUUAGGUAUGGAGAAAGAAAGUAAAUAAAGAUACAUUUGUGCUCAAAAGUUGGUGAGCCCCCACCACAAAAUGCACUCCUUUAUGCUGAGUGGUGAAUGUAGACAACACUACAAUGUUUGGCAAGUCCAGAGGGAAAGAAAACUUCAUUGAAUGCAGUAUUUUAUCACCUGGCUUCACAUUAAAUCUAUAAAGCAUGGCAGAAGUUGAACACUUUAAAGGACAAGUCCAUCCCAACAAAAAGUUAA